AUGGAUAAACCUAGAACAGAUUCAUUAGAAGAAGUAGCACGAUCACUAUCAAUAUCUUCAACCACUUCAUCCACAACUAGCAGUAAUAGUAGUAAUAGCACAACUACAAGCCUCAAUGAAAAUAAAGAUAAUCUUAAUUCAUUUCUAAGAGGUAGAAAGGCUAGUACUAGUUUAAGAAUUUUUUUGGACAGUAGCAAUACUAACAACGACAAAUUAAAUAGAAAUUGUUCCACUACUGCCAAUAAUACCACCACAACCAGUAACCUUUCUGCGCCUCCAAAUGAGAGUUAUAUUAUUUCUAAUGAACCAGAAAAUCCAAAAACUCCGAACUCACCUACACUUGAAACAAAAAAUGCUAACAACAAUGAAAAGGAGAUCGAGUUAGUAGAACUGCUAAAAUCUGAUAACAACAAAAAUGGCAACACUAAUACCAGAAACCUUAAUAGUAGAGUUUCUGAAGUCAAUGUUCCAUAUAGAAGAAACUCUAUAGAAGACACUUUAUACAAAUACAGAAGAGGAUCUUUUACUUCUGUGCCUAAUAAAACUAAUGUUAAUAACAUUGUAAAUCCCCUAAGCAAUACCGCAAAUGAGGAGUAUAAUAAAAUGUCAGAGUUUAAUUUCUCUAAGGGGAGAACUUCCACCAUCACUGCUAACAAUAAUGCCACGGAGACAAACGUUAAAAAAAACUAUACCAACCAUAGUAAACAUAACAAAACGUGUCAUGUUGCUCAUCAUGAAAUUGACGGCGAAGGCGAUUUAAAACCGCCUGUGUCUUUUGCCACGUACUAUCCUCAUAAGAAAAGUACGGAUUCAACUUUAUUGAAUAAUGGAAAACCAACUAAUGGUGCUACCAAAAGUAAGAACAUAGCUGCCAGCACCAUGCUUUUUGAUUCCUCCCCAGAACUACUAAAUAUUGAUGAAAACGCGAUUGUAGAUGAGGAGGAGGAGAAGGAGGAGGAUGAAAAACAAGAAAAUAUCACUGAGGACAUUAAUAACAGUAAUAUCGGAUCUGCAACGGCUCCUCAUACACUAGAAACUAUCCAACAAUCAUCCAGUAGCACCCUUAUUAAAACCGUUAGUAAGGGCAAUCAAAAUCAAGAAAAGGGACGGAAGAAAGAAAAUCCAGAGGAAGAAGACCAAGAUCAGGAAUAUCCGUUGGCUGUUGAAUUAGAACCUUUUAAUAAUAAAGUUGGCGGACACACUGCUAUUUUUAGAUUUUCCAAGAUGGCAGUUUGUAAAGCAUUAGUUAAUAGAGAAAAUCGUUGGUAUGAAAAUAUCGAAUUGAACCAUGAAGAUUUAUUACAAUUUAUGCCCAAAUACAUAGGGGUAUUGAAUGUUCGGCAACACUACAAUUCUCACGAAGAUAUGAUGAAGGCUAUGGCCAAAAAGAAACAUAAGAAUAAAAAGCAGCCACAUCAUUCUUCGAGUGCUACUAGCAGUGGUAAAAGAAAAAGAAAAAAUAUCAAUACAGCUGGUGCUGUUAACCGAACAAACAGUUUUGUUGAAGUUUUACUAGACGAUAACAAACACAUAAUUCCAAAUUCGUUGCUGUAUAAAUAUCAAUCCUCACUAACGAGAUGUUCUUCCCUUCAUCUAAGAAAAGAACAUGACCAGUGUGGUUAUACCAGUGUCUCGAGUGGUCCAAAUUCUGUUUCAACCUCUCCCAACAGUGCACCAAACUCUAGAAGCGUGACUGUUGCCAAUUCACCGUUAUUAAAACCCGUGGACAACAUUAAUAAUAAUAAUAAUAAUAAUAAUAAUAAUAAUAAUAAUAAUAAUAAUAAUAAUGGUGAUGAUGAUGACCUGAUGAUGUUAAUAAAUGAUAGAAGUACUACGAUGAUCAACACCAAACUACAAGAGCAAGUUUUAUCUGAAGUAUUUGCACCAAGAAAUUGUAAAAAAAAUUACUAUAAUAAUUAUAUUAAUAACAUUACUACCGAUACAAACACUCCUAAUAAUGAAACUGUCAAUAACACCAUUAACACUAUGGCCCAAGGCGUUAGAAGAAGAUGUAGUGAUUCAUUAACUGAGCAUACUGUGGCUGAUUUAAAACAAUUUAGGUGCCACAGUGGUACUGCGCUUAGUAGUAGCAAAAAAUGUGUUUCAGCUGAUAAUUUGAAAAUAUCGAAGAGAAGCAAUUCGAUGGAUAAUCACAAGGGACACGAAGAGACCAUAUUUGAAAUGGAAAUUGCAAACAAUGCUUCUUCUGCUCCUACUGCGCCCAACAACAUACACCACCAACGGACAACAAGUGUGGAAAAUAUAAUCAUCGAGCCAGAUGACUGUACCAUAGUUUCUAAAUACAUUUUGUUGGAAGAUUUGACCAGAAAAUUACGCAAGCCAUGUGUUUUAGAUUUAAAAAUGGGUACAAGACAAUAUGGUGUUGAUGCUCUAGACACAAAGCAAUCCUCACAAAGAAAAAAAUGUUUUCAAACAACAUCCAGACUAUUGGGGUGUAGAAUAUGUGGGUUGAAAAUUUGGGAUGUCGGUGAACAAAAGUUUCUUACUAGAGACAAAUAUUUUGGCAGGAGAGUUAAAAUUGGUUGGCAAUUCGCUAGGAUCUUGGCCAGAUUUUUGUAUAAUGGUGUUUAUGUAUCUAGUAUUAUUAAACAAAUACCUAAACUGAUUUAUGACUUAGAUAAGUUGCAGAAGUGUAUAUUAAAUUUAAAAGGGUAUAGGUUGUAUGGUGCUUCUUUAUUAUUAAAGUAUGAUGGUGAGGCGAAGGAAGAGCAGCAACAGCAGCAGGUUCACGAUGGGAAUGCCGUUGAUGAAGACGAUGAUGAGGAUAAUGAUUUUGAUAUUUGUAGAUUACACUUGAUAGAUUUUGCACAGUGUGUUAUUAAGGAGGAUGUUAUUGAAAAUUUCAAUAAUUUAAAAAUCCCUCCAUCUACUUCGUUAGAAUAUGAGGAUCGUGGGUUCGUUAGAGGGCUAAAAAGUUUAAAAUUUUACAUGUUGCAUUUAUGGAAAUACUUAACUAAUGAUCAUCCAUUAAUUUUUAAAAAGGAAGAAAUGGCACAAUAUUUAAGGGAUAACAAAGAUAAUUGUUAUAAAAAUUGGGAUUGGUUAGAUGAGUUUGAUAAAGAAGACGAGUUGCAAUUUGAUGAUUUAGAAAGUCCACUGAGGAAAAAAUGGAGAAAGUAUGAAUUAAUAUUUGAUAUUGAACCACAUCAUAAUAUUGACGAGGAAGUGAGUGAAUAA